CGGCGGUCCGGCUCUGGGCGGUGUCCCGCGCCGGCGGCCGCGGGCGGAGCUGGGCGAGGAGCGGCGCGGGGCAGUCAGACGGCGGCUGUCCAGGGAGGCAUCAGUGCAAGUUGGAGCCGCUUCCCGCGCGCUGCAGCCGCCCCCGCCCCCGCUGACCCGCGGCCGCGCCCGGCCUCCUGCGUUCCGCCCGUCUGCCCGCCGCGGCCCUCGAUGCGGGGUCUGGCCGCUGCGUGAUGGGGCUGCGGAGCGGUGCCCUGCGGCUCGCGGCGGCCGCUGCUCGCGCUGAGGAGCUUGUGUGCCGGGCACCCCGCGUCCCCGCGCGCCGCAGCGCCUGCUGACCUGCCGGCCCGUCGCCGGUCCGCAACGCGGCUGAGGAAACUUGACAACUUCAAAAGAGAAUUUGAUUUUUUAUUUCUGGACUGCAUAUAUAAAAUAAUACCAUCAGAAUGUCGGGAGCCUCAGUGAAGGUGGCUGUCCGUGUGAGACCCUUCAAUUCUCGAGAGACCAGCAAAGAGUCCAAGUGCAUCAUUCAGAUGCAAGGCAACUCAACCAGUAUUAUUAACCCAAAGAACCCAAAGGAAGCUCCAAAGUCCUUCAGCUUCGACUACUCUUACUGGUCUCAUACCUCGCCUGAAGAUCCCUGUUUUGCAUCUCAAAACCGCGUGUACAAUGACAUUGGAAAGGAAAUGCUCUUACAUGCCUUUGAGGGAUAUAAUGUCUGUAUUUUUGCCUAUGGGCAGACUGGUGCUGGGAAAUCUUAUACAAUGAUGGGUAAACAAGAAGAGAGCCAGGCUGGCAUCAUUCCACAGUUAUGUGAAGAACUAUUUGAGAAAAUCAAUGACAACUGUAAUGAAGAAAUGUCUUACUCUGUGGAGGUGAGCUACAUGGAAAUUUACUGUGAAAGAGUACGAGAUUUGCUGAAUCCAAAAAACAAGGGUAAUUUGCGUGUGCGUGAACACCCACUUCUUGGCCCAUAUGUGGAGGACCUGUCAAAGUUGGCAGUCACUUCCUACACGGAUAUUGCUGACCUCAUGGAUGCUGGGAACAAAGCCAGGACAGUGGCAGCUACCAACAUGAAUGAAACAAGUAGCCGUUCCCACGCUGUAUUUACCAUUGUUUUCACCCAGAAGAAACAUGAUACUGAGACCAACCUUUCCACUGAGAAGGUCAGUAAAAUCAGCUUGGUGGACCUCGCAGGAAGUGAACGAGCUGAUUCAACUGGUGCCAAAGGGACUCGAUUAAAGGAAGGAGCAAAUAUUAAUAAGUCUCUCACAACCCUGGGCAAAGUCAUUUCAGCCUUGGCAGAGGUGGAUAACUGCACCAGCAAGAGUAAGAAGAAGAAGAAAACUGAUUUUAUUCCCUACAGAGAUUCUGUACUUACUUGGCUUCUUCGAGAAAAUCUAGGUGGCAAUUCUCGGACUGCAAUGGUUGCUGCUCUGAGCCCAGCAGAUAUUAACUAUGAUGAAACCUUGAGCACUCUGAGAUAUGCAGAUCGUGCAAAACAAAUUAAAUGCAAUGCUGUUAUCAAUGAGGACCCCAAUGCCAAACUGGUUCGUGAAUUAAAGGAGGAGGUGACACGGUUGAAGGACCUUCUUCGUGCUCAGGGGCUGGGAGAUAUUAUUGAUAUUGAUCCAUUGAUCGAUGAUUACUCUGGAAGUGGAGGCAAAUAUCUGAAAGAUUUUCAGAACAAUAAGCAUAGGUACUUGCUAGCCUCUGAGAAUCAACGCCCUGGCAAUUUUUCCACAGCAUCCAUGGGGUCCCUUACUUCAUCUCCAUCUUCCUGCUCACUGAAUAGUCAGGUGGGCUUAACAUCUGUGACCAGUAUUCAGGAGAGGAUCAUGUCUACACCUGGAGGAGAGGAAGCUAUAGAACGCCUAAAGGAAUCAGAGAAGAUCAUUGCUGAAUUGAAUGAAACCUGGGAAGAAAAGCUGCGCAAAACAGAGGCCAUCAGAAUGGAGAGAGAGGCUUUGUUGGCUGAGAUGGGAGUUGCCAUUCGCGAAGAUGGAGGAACCCUGGGGGUUUUCUCACCUAAAAAGACCCCACAUCUUGUUAACCUCAAUGAGGACCCACUAAUGUCCGAAUGCCUGCUCUAUUACAUCAAAGAUGGAAUUACGAGGGUUGGCCAAGCAGAUGCUGAGCGGCGCCAGGACAUCGUGCUGAGUGGGGCUCACAUUAAAGAAGAGCAUUGUAUCUUCAGGAGCGAGAGACAUAGUAGUGGGGAUGUAAUCGUGACCCUAGAGCCCUGCGAACGCUCGGAAACCUAUGUAAAUGGCAAGAGGGUGGCCCAGCCUGUUCAGCUGCGCUCAGGAAAUCGCAUCAUCAUGGGUAAAAACCAUGUAUUUCGUUUUAACCAUCCGGAGCAAGCACGAGCUGAGCGGGAGAAGACCCCUUCUGCUGAGACCCCCUCUGAGCCUGUGGACUGGACAUUUGCCCAGAGAGAGCUUCUGGAAAAACAAGGAAUUGAUAUGAAACAGGAAAUGGAGAAAAGGCUACAGGAAAUGGAGAUCCUGUACAAAAAGGAGAAGGAAGAGGCGGAUCUUCUCUUGGAGCAGCAGAGGCUGGACUAUGAGAGUAAAUUGCAGGCCUUGCAGAAGCAGGUUGAGACCCGCUCCCUAGCUGCAGAAACGACUGAAGAGGAAGAGGAGGAGGAAGAAGUUCCUUGGACACAACAUGAGUUUGAGCUGGCCCAGUGGGCCUUCCGGAAAUGGAAGUCUCACCAGUUUACUUCACUAAGGGACUUACUCUGGGGCAAUGCCGUUUACCUGAAGGAGGCCAAUGCCAUCAGUGUGGAAUUGAAAAAGAAGGUGCAGUUUCAGUUUGUUCUGCUGACCGACACAUUGUACUCCCCUUUGCCUCCUGAGUUACUGCCCACCGAGAUAGAAAAAACUCAUGAAGACAGGCCUUUCCCUCGUACAGUAGUGGCGGUAGAAGUCCAGGACCUGAAGAAUGGAGCAACACAUUAUUGGUCUUUGGAGAAACUCAGACAGAGGCUUGAUUUGAUGCGAGAGAUGUAUGACAGGGCAGGUGAGAUGGCCUCCAGUGCCCCAGAUGAAAGCGAAGCCACUCUGACUGGCAGCGAUCCAUUUUAUGAUCGGUUCCAUUGGUUCAAACUUGUAGGAAGCUCCCCCAUUUUCCACGGCUGUGUGAAUGAGCGCCUUGCUGACCGCACACCCUCCCCCACUUUUUCCACCGCCGAUUCCGACAUCACUGAGCUGGCUGACGAGCAGCAAGAUGAGAUGGAGGAUUUUGAUGAUGAGGCAUUCGUGGAUGACACCGGCUCUGACGCAGGGACGGAGGAGGGAUCAGAUCUCUUCAGUGAUGGGCAUGACCCGUUUUACGACCGAUCCCCAUGGUUCAUUUUAGUGGGAAGGGCCUUUGUUUACCUAAGCAACCUGUUGUAUCCUGUGCCCCUGAUUCACAGAGUGGCCAUUGUCAGCGAGAAAGGAGAAGUGCGGGGCUUCCUGCGUGUGGCUGUACAGGCCAUUGCAGCCGAUGAAGAAGCUCCUGAUUAUGGCUCUGGAAUUCGACAGUCAGGAACAGCUAAGAUAUCUUUUGAUAACGAGUAUUUUAGCCAGAGUGACUUCCCCUCAGCUGCAAUGACUCAUUCUGGUCUGUCCUUGGAGGAGCUGAGGAUUGUGGAAGGACAGGGCCAGAGUUCUGAGGUCAUCACUCCUCCAGAAGAAAUCAGUCGGAUGAAUGACUUGGAUUUGAAAUCAAGCACUUUGCUGGAUGGUAAGAUGGUAAUGGAAGGGUUUUCUGAAGAGAUUGGCAACCACCUGAAACUGGGCAAUGCCUUCAUUUUCCGUGUAACGGUGUUGCAGGCCAGUGGGAUCCUCCCAGAGUAUGCGGACAUCUUCUGUCAGUUCAACUUUUUGCAUCGCCAUGAUGAAGCAUUCUCCACUGAACCCCUGAAAAACAAUGGCAGAGGAAGUCCUCUGGGCUUUUACCAUGUGCAGAAUAUUGCAGUGGAGGUCACUGAGUCAUUUGUGGAAUAUAUCAAAACCAAACCAAUAGUAUUUGAAGUCUUUGGGCAUUAUCAGCAGCACCCACUUCAUCUACAAGGACAGGAGCUUAACAGCCCACCGCGGCCGUCCCGACGCUUCUUCCCCCCACCCAUGCCCCUGUCCAGGCCAGUUCCAGCUACAAAGUUGAACACCAUGAGCAAAACCAGCCUUGGCCAGAGCAUGAGCAGAUAUGAUCUUCUGGUUUGGUUUGAAAUCAGUGAACUGGAGCCUACAGGAGAGUAUAUCCCAGCUGUGGUUGACCAUACAGCCGGCUUGCCCUGCCAGGGGACAUUUUUGCUUCACCAGGGCAUCCAGCGAAGGAUCACGGUGACCAUCAUCCAUGAGAAGGGGAAUGAGCUUCAUUGGAAAGAUGUUCGUGAGCUGGUGGUAGGCCGGAUUAGGAAUAAGGCUGAGGUGGAUGAAGCUGCAGUUGAUGCCAUCCUUUCCCUGAAUAUUAUCUCUGCCAAGUACCUGAAGUCUUCCCACAACUCCAGCAGGACCUUCUACCGUUUUGAGGCCGUGUGGGAUAGCUCCCUCCAUAACUCCCUUCUUCUGAACCGAGUGACGCCCUAUGGGGAAAAGAUCUACAUGACUUUGUCAGCCUACCUAGAGCUGGAUCACUGCACCCAGCCAGCUGUGCUCACGAAGGAUGUGUGCAUGGUCUUCUACUCCCGGGAUGCCAAGACCUCGCCACCGCGCUCUCUGCGUAGCCUCUUUGGCAGCGGCUACUCGAAGUCACCAGACUCCAAUCGAGUCACUGGAAUUUAUGAACUCAGUUUGUGCAAAAUGGCAGACACAGGUAGUCCAGGCAUGCAGAGGAGGAAAAGAAAAAUCUUAGAUACAUCAGUGGCGUACGUGAGGGGAGAGGAGAACUUAGCAGGCUGGCGGCCCCGCGGGGACAGCCUCAUCCUUGAGCACCAGUGGGAGCUCGAGAGGCUGGAGCUCCUCCACGAGGUGGAGAAAACUCGCCACUUCCUGCUGCUGCGGGAGAGACUUGGUGACGGCAUCCCCAAAUCCCUGAGUGACUCGCUGUCCCCCAGCCUCAGCAGCGGGACCCUCAGCACCUCCACCAGCAUCUCCUCUCAGAUCUCAACCAUCACCUUUGAAAGUGCCGUCACACCCAGUGAGAGCAGUGGCUAUGACUCAGCCGACAUCGAAAGCCUGGUGGAUCGAGAGAAAGAGCUGGCCACCAAGUGCCUGCAACUUCUGACCCAUACUUUCAACCGAGAAUUCAGCCAGGUGCACAGCAGCAUCAGUGACUGUAAGUUGUCUGACAUCUCUCCAAUCGGACGGGAUCCCUCUGUGUCCAGCUUCAGCAGCGCUACCCUCACUCCCUCCUCCACCUGCCCCUCUCUGGUAGACGCGAGGAGCAGCUCUUUGGAUCAGAAGACCCCAGAAGCCAAUUCCCGGGCCUCUAGUCCCUGCCCAGAAUUUGAACAGUUUCAGAUUGUCCCCGCUGUGGAAACACCCUAUUUGGCCCGAGUAGGAAAAAAUGAAUUUCUCAAUCUUGUUCCAGAUAUUGAAGAAAUUAGACCAGGCUCGGUGGUCUCUAAGAAAGGAUACCUGCAUUUCAAGGAACCAUAUUCCAGCAACUGGGCUAAACAUUUUGUUGUGGUCCGUCGCCCUUACGUCUUCAUCUAUAACAGUGACAAAGACCCAGUGGAGCGUGGCAUCAUUAACCUCUCCACAGCGCAGGUGGAAUACAGCGAGGACCAGCAGGCCAUGGUGAAGACAUCGAACACCUUUGCUGUAUGCACAAAGCACCGCGGGGUCCUUUUGCAGGCUCUCAAUGACAAAGACAUGAACGACUGGUUAUAUGCCUUUAACCCACUCCUUGCUGGCACAAUACGGUCCAAACUCUCCCGCAGGUGCCCGAGCCAACCGAAGUACUGAGUGACGCAGCUGAGCGCCCUCACUCGCCUUCCGAGAGAGAAAGAAAGCGUUACAUCUCAUUUCUCCUUGUGAUUCUUGCCGGUUACUCUUGUGUGUAAUCCUGUGGCUUACCUCCUCUCCCUCCUUGUCCCCCACUUUUCCAGCUCUCCUGGUCCCCAUCUCCAUGGCUCUGUACUCUUUUCUUUUUUCCUGUGCUGAGAAUCUUGUUAGUAGCAUGUGGCCUAACAAAAGGGGGAAAAACAAAGAAAAAAAAAAAACCUAGAGGGGACCCAGUGAAUCUACAAAUGAUUUUUUGGUGUAUAUCGGCUUCCUUUUGUAUGGUAUGUCCUAAUUAUGACCCCAUCUCUGAUGCCUGUCUUUGGAUAUCUGUCUGUUUUUCAGGGUAACACAUACUUUUUUUCUUUUCUCUGUUUGUGAUAUCACUUUAAUAUUUCUUGGGUGGCUUAGAGACUGAGAGAGGAGACAUCUGGCCCUUUUAGAACCUAAUGGGGAAACACCGCCUUCUUGCAUCCUGUCUCUUUUUGCCAUUGCUAACUCCUGAAUUUUCCAUUCAGGGAAAAGAUUGUGGUGAGCUUAGAAAUGGGACUGGUGUAUUCUCUGGAAUUCAGGCUUAUUUAGAAUGUAGUUACGCAAAUUUCAUUUAGUGGAAGAGAGGACUUUUCGGCAGGCCAGGAAAGUGGCUGCUCGUGGCCUUGUACGAAGGGAAGAACGGAGGAUAUUGCCAGGUCGGUCUCAACAGAACAGGAUUUGGCAGUGGGCCCUGAAGGUGGACAGCCAGGAGGACACUCACGGGUGCUCACAGCGGGGUUCUUGUGACCUGUUCUCCGUCGGGAGGGAGCCUCUUCUCUGAGUUUUUCAAGUUGUCCGUGGCAUUAGUGAAUAGGUGGUACAGUUCGGAAUUAGCGCCGUGUCAUACACAGGUGUCCCACCAGGGGGCGUUGUUUCGCUUUCUGGUAGAACCGGAUGCUGUCUUUACAAUUAGGAUGAUGCUGAGCUGUGAGCUGGUCGUGGUUGUAGCUCCCUUUCAUUGAAGAAAUGCAGCUUUCAGGUAUAAACUUGGAAGCCGCCCUCUUGGCCCAGUGGUCAUUUUCAAUGAUCCUUGUCAAAUUAAAGAUAUUGCCAAUGAUGCUUGUACCCCUGUACUCGAAUAAGCAGACAUGGCAGGCUUUGCUUUCUGGAUCCAGGAUUAAAACCGCCUCCCUGCCACCACAAAAACAAAACAAAAAGACACGUAGGGGCUGAGACUCACCCUCCUGAGCCCUGGCCCCAGCAGUUUGUCUCUUGUAUCCGCCUUGCCUCUCCUCUGUCUCCAUCGUGGAAGUGUUGCCAGAGGAGAUCGGAGGAAGCUCACUGCUCGCAGUCUCCUUCUCUGACAGAACAGGGCUAUCCGCUUCCAGAAGCCAUCGUGGAAGACACUUUUUCUGUGAGCUGCCAAUGAAUUUUACAGGAAUGACGUGGGGAAAAGAAGGCUUCAGCUUACUUCAGCUGCUUUGCCAGUUGACCUGGGGUGGUUUUGUACAUUCUUUGCAUCCCCUGCUCAGAACUCUGACCAUCCCUCAGGCAUCCAGGGAGGUACCUGCUGGUCCCCUCAGCCGUGAGGGCGCCAAUUCUCAGGUGCUCCGGAGCUGGAUGACUGCUGCAGGCAGCAGAGGGCAUGGGCUGGCACACCCCGCCGAGCAGUUACUGGGAGGCUCCCAGCUUGUCACCCAGACCCUUGCUUCUGACUUCCUGGCUGGGCUCAUCUCUCAGAACAGGCCUCCCAGCUUUGCUUGUUGCAGUUGCCUGGCAGAGAGGAGGAACAGUGAGUCACCAAAAGCUUAAAAACGGUGGAAAUCACAGGCUGUGACCUUACCUGAAAAGUGAUCAGUUAAAAACUCUGUAGUAGGUUUUUUUUUUAACUUUCUUUCUCUCCUGGAAACAUAGGUCAUUAACUGUGAUGUUAUUUGCUUUCUAAGCGGUAUGUGAGAUUUUUAGUGUAGAGGUUUCUUCAUUGUCGAAUGGACAUGAUAAGCCUUUCUGGUGUAUACUCAAACCCAGGAUCUGUCAGUGCUUGGAGACAACUUCCUGGACUGGAAUUAAAUCUAAUUUCAGGGAAAUAGAGAUGAAAAUUGAAGGUUGCUUUUAGAAUUAAAUCACAGAUGCUGCUGCUGUUACAAAGUCUGAUAGAAGGACCCAUGUGUGCGACAGAGGAAGUGGGGAAGGCUGAGGGAGAGGAGAACAAUGUGAUGCACGGAAAUGGCUUUUGUUUUUUCUUCUAACUCAAACAAAACUGGCUUGGAAAGUCUUUGCUUUGGAGGUGUCAAAUAUUAGAACAGGCUGAACAGGACUGUUUGUCACCUGCCCGGGUAAGAAGGCCUCGUGAGGAGGCAGGGCGCCCGGGCCUCGGCUCUCAGGCACCGAGCUCACCGCUCUCUGCGAGCUCUUUCCAGACAGGUCCGUCUCUCCUGUCCAGGUCUGAGAGAGGAUUUAUGGCAGGAGCUGUUUAUGACACUUUAGCUGAAGCCUAGUAGCAGGGACGCUGAGGAACAAACUUACCCCUCAAGAAAACUACCUUUCAAGGAUUUUUUUUUCCUAAAACAUUCCUUUAAACAAGCAAAAGAAACAAGUAAGGAAAGAAAACUUACACAAUUUAAGGAGAAAUGAGUGCUGGUUAACAAAUCAUCUCUCCACCAUCCCCAUCCCUUCUCCUGCCAGAGCAAAGCAUGGCCUCACAGCCCACACCAAACCAGUGCUCACCCCUCCUCACCUCGGCGCCGCCUGGGAGUCAGUCCGCUCUCAGACCAGCCGUGCAGGGCCGGCCAGCUCUGCACACAGCGGGAGGCAGGGAAGGGCUGCUUCCGGCAGCUGGGCAGGCACCUGGAUGCCAGUACGCGGCUAAGACGUGGUGAAGGCCAGGGAAAAGGGUUUUUCCCAACCAAGAAACCACCUUUUUUACCCCUUAAGCUACGUAGAAUUUAUACAACUUACAGUUUCGAUGGAUUUUUCACCUCUUUCAGGAUGAAGGAAUAAAUUAAAUCAUUGUGAAAGGUCUUCUGGUAUCUAAAAAUAAAAUGACUUCUCCUGGCACUGAUUUCAAAGCAAAGACUUUGUUGCCUGCUGCUUGUUGUCUAAUUUACAGGGAUAUUUAAUUUUGUAAGGUAUUUGUAUAUUUAUACAGCUCUAAUGAAUUGCACACUGGACGGGAGAGGAGUGGGUGGCCCGGCACACAGCGCCUACUGGCUUCUGUGUUCCUUGUGCGGUGCUCUGCUUGGGGCCUCCUGGACAGCAUCAGGGCUUACUUGUGUGACUUGGGUCCUUCAGUUUUUCUUUUGUUCCUCUCUUAAAAUUAACUGUUAACCUCCUUAAGAAGAAAAUACUAAUUCUGCUGCUGCUCUCAGAAGGUUUGCUGAAUGUAUCUUAAAUAGGACUCUGACUCGUAUGCACUGCAGCUGUCCACGGUGGCCAGUAAUGAUUCACCCAAGCGUGUGGCCAAACCAUUACUGUAUGUAGCGGGAAUGUAGUGAUCUGUGCUUCCUUAGUAAGGUGAAAUGUCAACUGAGAGAUUAUCUGCUGCUGCUGUUCAAAAGGCCAUUUAUGAAAUUCAAAUUUGAACCCCAUAAAUCUUAGGAAAGUCUCUAAUUGUUCAAAGGAAGAAAUUAAAGUUGAUAACAAAUUUCAUGUUAAAAGCGCACAGCUAGACAGCUAUGCUCAGAUGAAAGUCCGAGCUAAGGUUGGUCUUGACAGACCCUGGCUGUUGUGUGUUGUUUCCAUGUGUUCGAGUUCAUUUUUUUCAUGCUUCAUAUUCUGGCAUUAGUUAUCUGAGGAAUCCAUCAGCCUUCUCACGUAUAAGGCAUCGUCUUAGACUUGUGGCUCAGAAGUCCUCUCGUCCAUUGAGAUUUCAAGUCUCCUGUCACCAUCCUUGUGCACUACAACAAAACCCAUAAAGCAUAAGUGGCCUUUUUGAACCAAGAUUUUGCGAACUGAUCUCUCCCCAGUAAGGAGUUGAGCACAUUAGCAAUGAUGUACAUUAUUAAUUUCUGAUUUUUGUUUUCAUGUUAUAUUAUGUAAAUACUCUCUGAUGUUUGGAGCUUGAGUAUACAGAAUGUAAAUAUAGUUCUUGUAUUUGUACUAAUUCUGGUUCUUUUGCUAUAUAGCCUUAGAUGUGCAAUGCAGACAUUAUCUGUGUAUGGUAACCUUGCAUCACGGAGCUGUUAGUGAACGAGGCGAAAAAAAUAAAGGUACAACCGGUGCAUCAGAA